AAAUGUUCUUGGAGACAACGGAACACAUAAAACACACAAACGCCAAUCGCAACUUUCGCGUUUACUAUGGAGAAGAAGCGUUUUGGACUUGCGGUGGGGGUUGUAUUCUUAGCAUUAGUUCAAAUCUCUGUUUCUGUUCCGUUUAUAGUGCUUCAUGGGAUUGCAGCUGCAUGUUCUGAGGACAAAGAAGCUAACUUCACACAGCUUCUCUCUAACUUCUCUGGCUCUCCUGGUUUUUGCCUAGAAGUUGGAAAUGGAGAACUUGACUCAUGGUUUAUGCCACUUGCGAAACAAGCGGAAAUAGCGUGUGAGAAAGUAAAGCAAAUGAAAGUGUUGCGUCAAGGAUAUAACAUUGUUGGAAGAUCUCAGGGGAAUCUAGUGGCUAGAGGCUUGAUUGAGUUCUGCGACGGUGGACCUCCGGUUUACAACUAUGUAUCUUUAGCAGGUCCCCAUGCUGGAAUCUCCUCUGUUCCUAUGUGUGGUUCUGGAUUAUGGUGUGAAAUAGCUGAUGAGCUGAUCAAGUCAGAUAUAUAUAGCGACUUCAUUCAAGAUCAUCUUGCUCCUAGUGGUUACCUCAAAAUCCCUACGGAAAUGAAAAAGUACCUGGAAAGUUCCAAGUAUCUACCUAAGCUUAACAAUGAGAUACCAGGCCAAAGAAACUCCACUUACAAAGAACGUUUCGCCAGCUUACACAACUUGGUUCUUAUCAUGUUUGAAGACGAUAAGGUCAUUGUUCCAAAAGAUUCAUCUUGGUUUGGGUUUUACCCGGAUGGUGAUUUCGGACCUCUUCUCAAUGUUCGAGAGACAAAACUAUUUAAAGAGGACUGGAUCGGUCUGAAACCAUUGAUUGAUACUGGGAAAGUGGAGUUUGUGAGUAUAGAUGGUGCACACCUCAAAAUUUCAAAUAUCGAUGUCGUCAAAUACGUCGUGCCUUAUCUCCAAAACCAACCUUCUUCGGAACAAAGAAGAGUCAACCGCAAAACAAAGGAGCCUUUGCCUACUUAAAAGAGAAAAUAUCUCAUCAUUCAUAUAUGUUUAUUUAUGCAAUAGUGAAAAAUCAUUAGUGAUGAUUAAUGUGUAGAACAACAAUCCUGAUUCAUAUAGAUAUAUUAUAAUAUACAUACCUAUCUAUAAUAAUCGAAUUAACUCGUUGAGAUCUUAUUGAAGAGUUGAAUUCUGAUUAUUGUAAGUCAUUAUGUCAACUUUCUUGGUGUUUACGG